GAGUGUAUAUGAAUGUCCAAUGAGCUGCAGGAUGCCCUGGAGUCCCGCCUCUCCUUACUGUCUAUUUAUAACAGAGCAACUCCAGCUUUGACAGUUAACACAUGCUGCUGCAUUUCCAGCACCGGCAGACCCCCAGCUCCACCUCACUGAGUGCAGCUCUUCUCUGACCCACACAAACACCCUGAAUCUCAUCCUGUGGGUCCCCUGAAGCACCUCUAUUCUUUACAAGGAACUGUCCUUAAUUGACUUCUAGCCUUGCCACGAUGACAGAGGGGAACAACUUACCUGGAGGUGAUGCGGCCGACACCAGCGCGGUGCCGGUGGAGGAGAAGCGUUUGGAGGAGGCGGCGGGUGAGAAGAAGGAGAAGGAGAACGGGGACAGCAAGGUGAACAUCACGGAGAAGACGUCCGCUCCGGGGGAAACGGAGGAGGCUGAGUUUGUGCACCCAGAAGGCGGCUGGGGGUGGGUGGUCAUGCUGGCUUCCAUGUGGUGCAACGGCUCGGUGUUCGGGAUCCAAAACGCCUUCGGGCUGCUCUUUCUCUCGCUGCUGCAGGAGUUCGGCUCCGUGGACGACCAGGACCUCCGCUUCAGGACAGCAUGGGUGGGCUCUCUCUCCAUGGGGAUGAUCUUCUUCUGUUCUCCCAUCGUCAGCGUCUUCACCGACAUGUUCGGCUGCAGGAUUACUGCAGUGGGUGGCGCUGCUGUCGGCCUGGUCGGCCUCCUGGCCAGCUCCUUUGUUUCGUCCCUAGGCGUCAUGUACUUCACCUAUGGCAUUGUGUUUGCAUGCGGCUGCUCUUUUGCCUACCAGCCCAGCCUGGUCAUCCUGGGCCACUACUUCAAGAAGCGUCUGGGUCUGGUGAACGGCAUCGUGACGGCAGGCAGCAGUAUCUUCACCAUCACUCUGCCCUUCGUGCUGUCAGGCCUGCUGGAAAGAGUUGGUCUCCACAACACCAUGCGUGUCCUCUGCAUCCUCAUGUUUGUGCUGAUGCUGGCCGGCUUCACCUACAAACCCCUGCUGCCCGUGAAACCCGCUAACUCCCAAACAGGAGGCUCACUGAAGCAGAUCUUUAACGUCAACAUCUGGAAGUCUUGGGGAUAUCGCAUUUGGGCAUUUGGCAUCCCUGCAGCCCUCUAUGGCUACUUUGUGCCUUAUGUCCACCUGAUGAAUCAUGUGACGGAGCGUUUUGGAAAGGACACCAACAAAGAGCUUCUGCUCAUGUGCAUCGGCAUCACAUCAGGCGUGGGUCGACUCAUCUUCGGCCGAGUAGCAGACUACAUUCCCGGAGUCAAAAAAGUCUACCUGCAGGUGACUUCCUUCUUCAUCAUUGGCCUCAUGUCCAUGAUGAUUCCUCUGUGCGACAUCUUCGGCGGACUGAUCGCUGUUUGCCUGCUUAUGGGGCUGUUCGACGGCUGCUUCAUCUGCAUCAUGGCUCCCAUCGCCUUCGAGCUGGUCGGGGCUAACGACGUGUCCCAGGCCAUCGGCUUCUUGCUGGGCCUGAUGUCCGUGCCCAUGGUUGUGGGACCCCCGAUUGCAGGUUACCUGAGGGACACGCUGGGCAGCUACGACGUGGCCUUCUACCUGGCUGGUGUUCCCCCGAUCAUCGGAGGGGCUCUGCUGUGUCUGAUUCCCUGGGUGGAGGCCAGACGCAAGAGGAUGGAGAACAAGGAGACCCAGAGGACGGAACAGGACGUCACCCAGAAGAUGAUAGAGAGCGAGAAGGCUGUGGAAGAAUCACACAACAAAACUGGAGAGUCUGUCCUCUAAGUUCCCUCCUGAGCAGACUGAGAAAGAGACACAAGGAGUCAGACUGAGGCUGCUGCUGACCGGCAGUAUUAAGAUACUGUGUGAGUGUGUUAGUGUGUGUGUGUGUGUUAAGAUUGUAACGGCUGCCUUCAGUAGGAGAAAAUGCCAAAGUGAUGAAACAUAUCAGUCAUAAGUUGAAGUACAGCUGAACGUGAAUGUGAUCCUGAAGAUCUAUGCAUCAGACUGAACUAAUCUUACAGCAGGCAAACGUGAGAUUCAAAAUGAAAAUGAAGAAAACUGCACAUUUCAUUUUUGUCACAAGGGGAAGAAGGCAUGCUGUUCUUACUAUGAAUGCAAUGUGAAAGCUGCAGAUUCAGUCUUUAGCCAGCGUCUCAGCGAAAAACCACACUAUCAGCCGGCAUACUUGGUGGCUGAGUGGGCUAUCAUUAUCCUUUACAAUCAGUUUUCAACACUACCACAUAGAUUUAGAUGUAAAAAUAUGGCAUUAAAAGAACAUAUAUUGGCUUAUACAAGAAAGAAGACCAGUCAUGUGUAGGAGCCAACUGGUCUGCUAAAGAGUAUUCCUUAACCCUCCAUCUUUAUUUACUCCAGUGUGCACUGACAUAGGACUCUACUGUCAGUCUUAACGCAUGCCAGAGUUGUAAAUACUGGACUGAUCUAUUCAUAGUGUUUUAAAGGGACAUUCAGCAACUAUCACUUCAGAGAAGUGUCCUGACAAAUUUGGGGUUUUUAUCGUGGCACUCUGGGAUCUGUGAAAGGUGCUCGGACAGUUUAAGGGACACAGCUCUUGGAAGCGCAAUGAAUUACAAACCACCAGCUCAAGAUAAGCAGCUCCAUCAUCAAGGCAGGACACAGGAAGUCUUUAACAUGAUGGACUCCAGGUUUGCCACGCUUCUGUACGCACCAUGAAGACUCAGUAUAAACUGAAAUAAUAGUGUUAUUAUCAAGUUCU